AGCUCACAGAUCAUUUCUAAUCGGUAUGCUCGUCUAUCAAGUGCUACUUCUACCUUGCGCUCUGCUGGCUCUUCAUCUAGCCAGCGCCCGUGCCCAAUGCCCCCAGAGCUCGGUUGCCGUGAACGCUCCGUGCGGGCAAGCAGCGAUUUCUUGUAACGUGCCCUACGUUCCUCAGAAUGGGGCUUGUGUGCUGCCUUUUCCGACUCCAAGUGGAUGCGGUUCAGGCCAAGUCUGCGCAAACGGAGUUGUGGUACACGUUUUUCCGUCAGGGUUUACUAACGCACAAUCCGUAAAUUCGCUUUGUCCAAAUCAACCAGUUCAGCCCCAACCUGCUCCGUGUCCAAAUCAGCCUGUAAUUCCCUAUCCACCCGCUCAGUCCCAGCCUGCUCCCUGCCCAAAUCAGCCUGUAACACCCUAUCCACCCGCUCAGUCCCAGCCUGCUCCUUGUCCAGAUCAGCCUGUAACACCCUAUCCACCCGUUCAACCCCAACCUGCUCCUUGUCCAAAUCAGCCUGUAAAUCCCUAUCCACCCGCUCAGCCCCAGCCAGCACCUUGUCCAAAUCAGCCUGUAACUCCGUAUCCACCCGUUCAGCCCCAGCCUGCUCCUUGUCCAAAUCAGCCUGUAACACCCUAUCCACCCGCUCAGUCCCAGCCUGCUCCCUGCCCAAAUCAGCCUGUAACACCCUAUCCACCCGUUCAGCCCCAGCCUGCUCCCUGCCCAAAUCAGCCUGUAACACCCUAUCCACCCGUUCAGCCCCAGCCAGCACCUUGUCCAAAUCAGCCUGUAACACCCUAUCCACCCGCUCAGCCCCAGCCUGCUCCCUGCCCAAAUCAGCCUGUAACACCCUAUCCACCCGUUCAGCCCCAGCCAGCACCUUGUCCAAAUCAGCCUGUAACACCCUAUCCACCCGCUCAGUCCCAGCCUGCUCCCUGCCCAAAUCAGCCUGUAACUCCGUAUCCACCCGUUCCACCCGAGACCACAAAUAGACCCUACCAGCCUCCUACUACAACAACCAGAGAAACCACAACAACCUGGAAAACGACGACAACCAGAACGACAACGACCACACCGCCGCCAGCUCCGCUGCGUAUCUGCCCGAGAGGCACAGUUCUUAUAAAUGACAACUGCCGUCUGGUAUAUUGCGGCUCAAAAGUCUACUCAAACGGUCGUUGUGUGGAGCCGCGGUGCCCCAAGGGCACUUACUGGACGGGCCAGAAGUGCGCUCUACCCGAGCCGAUUGAGUUGAGUCCCAUUAAUCUCCAGCGAACGAUCAUCAACGAGAACUCAAAGAAUACGCCCGACUUGGUGCUAAAUAAUGUGCAGCAUUUAACAGUCAAUGCCUCGCUUACGCUACCAACGGAUUACAGGGAUUACGAGGAGGAUUCCGAGGAGGAAGUGGAGGAAGCGGAGGAGAUACAACCUCCGCCAUCAGCUCCAAUCAAAUGCUGCACUGUGAUUGCGCCACGCACCUGCCGCUGUCCGGCGGACAGUAAUCGCUGGCAAUGCUAUAAUCAGAGGCAGCAGCUGUGCGGCGACUUCUGUAGCGCGCCUAAGGUAGCGAUAAGGCCAGCAAGUGUGAGCACCUGGCAUGUCAACGAUGCCCAAAUGCUCAGCAUGCCGCCCAACUGGAAUGCCGGCUGUCAAAUGCAGAGCAACUGCAUGCAAGCCACAGAGAGGUAUGACUGCAGCGGCUGUGCUUCGGGACAGAUGUCCUCCUGUUCCCCCUACUGCUACGACUACCGCUGCAACAGCCCCACCUGUGCCUACUACGAUCAAGAACAAUUUUGCGAUUCGCCGCAAUUUGCCGACUCUGUGGGCUGCCGUCCUCAGGAUGGCUGGCGUCGAUAGGCAAUGUGACCAGCUCAGCUUCAAUAGGUGCUUUAAAUGUUAAAAA